UUAUGCGUCUUGCAAAACCAAUCCCCAGUCAACCAAUUUCAGCAUUUUGUGGUCCUUCUGAUGUAGAUUUUUUAAAUUCUGGUAAUCAAUUAAUCGAUCUUCCAUCAGGCCAAUACCCAAUAGUUCCACAUGUGACGAUGAUGUGUUUUUGGGUGAAUGCUUUACUUUUUAUGUUGCAAUUAUUAACACAACUUUAUUUAAAUGUGAACAAAUAAAUAUGAAGGUUGAUAUUCAAACUCAAUUACAGAGAAUUUCUAUUGCUGAAACUUCUUUUAGUAAUGUUAGUUUGGUACAUAAACAACAAGUUGGACAAAUAUUUUCUCAUGAAAUAAAUGAACUUGGACAGCAUAUAUUGGUUUGCAGUGUUUCUUACAUUGGAGGGAAUGAGGAGAAAUUAAAUCUUCGAAAAUUCUUCAAAUUUUCUGUUAAUAAACCUGUUGAUUUGCUUAAUCAAACAUUUUAUGAAUUAAAUGAUAAAACAACAUUUUAUGAAUUCCAAAUAAAGAAUUUAAUUCCUAAUCCUAUUUUUAUCGAGUCUUUGGCAUUUGAAGAGUGUGGCAAUAAUUUACCUUAUAAUUGUGAAUUAACUGGUUCUCCUUCUUUAAACAUAGAUUCAGAACCUUUGGGUCUACAAAAUAUUCAUCAAUAUAUUUUUCGACUAACACCUAAUGAACAAUUCGAUGCUGAAAAUUGGAUGAAAAUUCUCAAUUUUGGAAGAUUAAAAAUUGUGUGGCGAUCGACAACGGGUGAUAAUGGUCGAACAUUUUUUAAUACCAUCGAGAGGUCUCCAUUUAUAUGCAAGGAUUUGAGACUUACUGUUGACAGAGCACCGAAAAAAGCAAAAGUAAAUGGAAUGUUGACUGUUGUUUGUAAUCUUAGAAAUUGGAGGUAA